AUGGCACCGUCUACGAAAGCUCCCAACUUGGGGCAGAUUAUCGAGUAUCUCCCGGACCGCCUUUAUCUCGCCUCUUAUUUGAGCCCGCCCGAUGCCGACACCCUCUUCCCGUUUGGCAACACGGCCAAGACGAGCAGGAGACACAGGUCUGGACGCGAGCCGUUCUACUUCACCGUCGAUGACUCUCUCCUCUACAAUGCCUUUCACCACGACUUUGGCCCGCUGCACGUCGGUCAUCUGUACCGCUUUGCCCUGCACUUCCACGAGAUUCUUGCAGCAACAGAAAACCAGCAGCGGCCAGUCGUCUUUUGGAGCAAAGCAGAUCCCCGAAGCCGGGCCAAUGCAUCUUGUCUGCUGGCGUGCUACAUGGUACUGAUUCAGUCAUGGCCGCCCCAUCUGGCUCUGGCCCCGAUUGCUCAGGUCGACCCGCCAUUGAUGCCGUUCCGCGACGCCGGUUACAGCCAGGCCGACUACGGCAUCACAGUGCAGGACAUUGUCUACGGUGUCUGGAAGGCCAAAGAGGAGGGCUGCUGUGUCCUCGACAGCUUUGACCUGGCCGAGUACGAGACGUUUGAACGCGUGGAGCACGGCGACUUCAAUUGGAUCACGCCGAACUUCCUGGCCUUUGCGUCGCCGCAGCACGACCCUGUGACCCGGAUCACGGAGACGUCGGAGCCUGAGCUGUACGAGUCGCUUCCGCGGACGCUGGAUGCUGUGGAUGCACACCCGACGCUGCCGCAGCCCUUCAAGAACGUGCUCCGGCAUUUCUCGGAGCGCAACGUUGGGCUUGUGGUCCGGCUCAACUCGGCGCUGUACUCGCCGUCGUACUUUGAGGCUCUGGGCAUCCAGCACCUCGACAUGAUCUUUGACGACGGCACCUGUCCGCCCAUGUCGACGGUCCGCAAGUUUGUCCGGCUGGCACACGAGAUGAUCAACGUGCGCAAGAAGAACAUUGCCGUGCACUGCAAGGCCGGACUGGGUCGGACAGGCUGUUUGAUCGGUGCCUACCUGAUCUACCGCCACGGCUUCACUGCGAACGAGAUCAUCUCCUAUAUGCGCUUCAUGCGUCCGGGUAUGGUCGUGGGCCCGCAGCAGCACUGGCUGCACCUGAACCAGGGCAUCUUCCGCGAGUGGUGGGUCGAGGAGCGGGUCGAGCGCAAGCUGCGCCGGGAAUAUGCCGCUGCAGCUGCGGCCGCGUCUGCUGGCGCUGGAGGCAACCUGCCGAGCACGCCGAUUCGCGCGAUGCAGAAGGCCAAUCUAGGCCGGUCAGCCCAGCAUCAUAAUCAGCAUCCGCAGCCGGCAUCGACGCCGCCGAACCGCAGCGUCUCAGGCCGCUCACCACUCAGCGAGAUGGACCAAGAACGCACGAAUGCCGCGCAGGAAGACUAUCUUCCAGCUCCGACUCCGGGACAGCCUCGCAAGGCAGUUCGGUCUGACCGGCACCACCCGUACUCGCGCAAGGCCAACUUCACAUCCACGGUAGAGGAGGCGACGGAGACGGUGGUGCACGAGGACGAGGAGGCCGAGCUGUAUGUGGUCGAGCAGGAGAAGAAGGGCAAGGACGGCCAUCGGUCCAGUGGUGACAGCCGCAGUGCCGAUUCGGAAGAGGAGGUGUAUCUGCGGAUGCGCGCACACCGAAAGACGACAACGACGACCACGACGACGGUAUCGUCGCCAGAUGCUGCUGCACGACAUCGCAAGGCACGAUCGGCCAGCCACAGCACGGCGGCGAUACUGGCGGCAGCCCUGGAAAAUGACGCGUCAAAUGACGCCGAGAACAUCGGUUCGGCCAUACAGCGAGUCAAGUCGAUCCACAACCACGAGGGCCAGCGCUCUAGCUCAGCGUCGGUCGUGAUGGCCAAGGUGCGCAGCUCGGAGCGGACGGCCAGCGCGUCGGCAAAGAAGAUGGCCAGUGCACAACCUGUGGGAAUACGCAAGACCAGCGGUCGCGUGGGCAGUGCCGGCAACAUGCCGUCAGUGGCGGCCAUGGCGUCAGCGCAGCGCAAGAUCUCAGGCAUGCAGUAG